AUUUCCUGCGAUGCCAGUGCAAAGUAACAUUGCAACCGGCCUCACACUACCGACGGCAAGGACGGGUCCACGAAGUGCUGGUGGGACAGGGAAUCACUGCUCUCCCAACAACAAGGUAAAAAAAAGGAAACAUCCCCAUGGCUGGAAAGAAGAAAGAAAUAACACUACAGGGAAUCAGAGCACCAGCAGCACUUCCCUGACCCACCUGACGGAGAACGCAUUUAAUACCACCGGAUGACCAUCUUGAACCAGGAGCAAUGGGAUGACAUGUUGGCUAUUACUGGACUAACUGUGGUAGAUGUGUAUCAGGCUUGGUGUGGUCCAUGCAAGGCAGUCACCAGCUUGUUUCGGAAGAUUAAGAAUGAACUAGGGGAUGAUCACUUGCAUUUUGCUGUGGCUGAAGCAGAUAUCAUUGACUCACUACAAAAAUACAGAGGAAGAUGUGAACCUACCUUCCUUUUCUAUGGAGGAGGACAGUUAGUUGCUGUUGUGAGAGGAGCAAAUGCCCCAUUACUACAGAAGAGCAUCCAUGAACAACUACGCACUGAGAAGAAGGUGCUAGAGGAGGGAGCUGACCGCAAAGUGAUCAAAGAUGAAGGCUUAUCAGAAGAAGAAGAGGAGCAAGUGGUGGUGUUGAAAACUAAUGGAGAAGAGGAUCUGGUUACUACCAACAAAUCAUGCACGGUAGCAAUCAUCAAACCUGAUGCCGUGGCUCAUGGGAAAGCAAAUGAAAUAAUAAUGAAGAUUCGGGAAGCGGGCUUCGAAAUUUUAGCUCAUGAAGAAUGGACAUUAACCAAGGAAGAGGCCCAUGAUUUCUACCGCCACAAAGCCGAAGAGUCUCAUUUUGAGGAGCUGAUUCAGUUCAUGUCUAGCGGUCCUUGUCAUAUUCUGAUCCUGUCCAGACCUGAAGGAACAGUUGAUGUCAUUCCACUGUGGAGAGAAUUUAUUGGUCCAACAGAUGUCGAAGUUGCAAAGCGGGAGAGGCCUGAAAGUCUCCGAGCCCUGUACGGGACUGAACAUGUAUUCAAUGCAGUUCAUGGGAGUGAUGACAUGGACCACGCUAGCAGGGAGUUGGCCUUCUUCUUCCCCAGCUUUGGAAAAGCAUCUGAAGCCCAGAUUCCGAUUCAGCAAGAGGAGAGGGUUCAGAAAACACUGGCUCUAAUCAGGCCAGAUCUCUUAAAGGAGAGAAAAGAUGAUAUCCUGCAGAAGAUUGCAGAAGCUGGUUUUAUGAUUGCCCUGCAGAAGGAGGUUGUACUCACAGAAAAACAAGUUUAUGAAUUCUACAGCGAGCACACGCAAGAAGAAUACUUCCCAGUUCUUCUUCAGAACAUGACCAGUGGACCUGUGUUAGCCUUGGCUCUUGCUUCCAUGGACGCAGUUGAACGCUGGCAGAAUCUGCUCGGACCAAAGGAUGUGAAUCGGGCAAAGGAGGAAGAUCCUGAGAGCCUCAGAGCACAGUUUUCAAUAGAAACUGUUCCCAUUAACCAGCUGCAUGGUAGUGGGACACCCCAGGAAGCAGAAAAGGAGCUGAAGUUCUUCUUCUCAAUGGAGCAAACACUGGCGGCUAUCAAACCUGAUACUCUGGAGGAGCAUCGAGAUGAGAUUAUACAGAAGAUUAAACAAGCAGGCUUCAUUAUAUCACAUAUGGAUGAGAAAACUCUGAGCAGGGAAAUGGCAGAAGAGUUCUAUAAGGAACACAAGGGCAAACCAUUCUUUGAACAACUGGUUGACUAUAUGUCUGAAGGUCCAUUAUUGAUGAUGAUUUUGAGUAAGGAAAAUGCAGUGGAAGAAUGGAGAAAUUUAAUGGGCCCCACAGAUCCUGAGGAAGCCAAACGAACUGCACCAGACUCUCUACGAGCCAAGUUUGCAAAGAAUAUCCUGCAGAAUGCCUUGCAUGGCAGCUCUGAUCGGCUCCAAGCUAUGGAAAAGAUCCAGUUUGUGUUUGGGGACAUCAACAUUGGAGCAGAUGGGGUUGUCCAAGGUAUUGAACCAGAUUUGGAGAAGGUGAUAUGUCCAGAAUCCAGGGAAGAGUCGGAAGGUGCAAAGCUGGAGACUGACGAAGUGGAGAGAAGAGAUGAGGCUACAGUAGAUAAUGAGAGCACGCCCACUGACAGUUCACAGAGCACCGUGAAUGAGAGUUCACAGAGUCUAUUCUCUGAAGCAGCAGAGAAGGUGGACAGUGAUGAUCCACCUUUACCCACUGAAACUGUGGAGACAGCAGAAACGACAGCAGUAGAUAAUGAAGGAGCUGACUGCGAAUAAGAGUCACAUCGAGGUUGAGAUCACGAUGCAAGUGAAAACAGAGGAAAAUGCGAUAAGUAGCAGAGACAUAAGUUCAUUCUGUGUACACACAAGUGAAUUGGCCUAGUGCAUUCCAGAACCUAACUUAUUGUAAGUUAAUAAAGCUCACUGCUCCAGGAAAGAACAUCCGUGCACAAUGUAAUUCUACAGAGUAAUAGUUUUUUGGAUGAGCUACUGGAGCCUGGUAUGUGCCUGUGGAUCAAAAAUCCAGCAAAGACCUCAAGUAGAGACAGACUGGAAAAUGGCAAAAACCAAAGAUACUUCUACCAUCACAAUGACAACAGGGUUAGCAAUGAAAAUUCUGUCUGAUGGCUGAUUGCAAAGAUGAUAUGUUCUUGUAAUACAACAAUGGUAUUUCUGUGAAUCUAAAAUCACAUCAUUACAAAAAAAUGGAUUAAUUUGUUUUGCUACAUUCAAUGUUGUCAGACAUUCCCAUUUGACUGAGAAGAGACUGAUUGCAAUAAAUCGUUAACACAUAACUUCAAUUGCUAACCAUCUGGAAUACUUGUAUUAAUAUUUUUUCAGCUGACCUAACAAUUCCAAAGAAAGUAAGAAGGGAGAGUCAUGGCUGGGGAGUUUCAGUCUGCAACCGUACCACUAUAUUUAUAAUGCCACACUGUGGCUGUGCAACAUAUUAAUUCUUCUUCAGGCACCCCACAUAACUUGAAUUAAAGCUAAAGUGAUUUUAAUUUCCAAUUCUGAGGGAAACCUCCUUAUGG